AGAGAUUCUCCCAUUCACAAUUGCGCAUCCAAGCAAUUCGGACGUUUUGCAGCAAUCAACUACGCCCGGUUCACAGGAUUUCCGUGCUCCAGUUCCAAAUUUGUACGACGUAAAAUGGCCCUGUCAGGAUCUACCAAAUGUGCCGUAGUAAACGAGAAGAAAUCGCUCGGCCCUGUGCUGUUGGAUAUGGGCGAUAUUUUCAUGAUCGAGCAGUGCCUGCUUCCGCUUCCGCUUCCGGAUGAAUUUUUCCUUCGGCCGGAGCCAGUCGAGGAGAGCAUUUCGAAGGUGACGACCGAAAGUGAGAUUUCCAUAGCUCUGCCACCGUUGCUGACCAAGUGGGAAGAUUUGUAUCAGGAGGGAUUAUCGCCAGAGAUCAUCGCGAAGAUUUGCUUUACCGAGAUGCUGCUAAUCAGUGCUAAUGGUGACGAAAAUGUGAUCGGUGGCUUGGCACUUCAAGUCGACAACAUUGCCGAUGAAGUGUUUGCCGUUUUUUGCAGCUCCGGAUUAGCACUGGGUGACGAUCGGCUCGCUGGCUAUGAGCUGCUGGCCCUGACCGAUAAAAACUUUCAACCGAUGCAAGAACGCCAGAGCGAAGCCUUAUCGGAAGAUUAUAUGAAGCAGGAGAAACAAAUGCAAUUAUUUUUCGGUGAAGAUAUGAAGAUUACCGCUUUUAGAGAGGUUUCCACACCAGAGAACCACGAAUCUUGCGAGGGUACUUUGGAACUUGACGUAGAAGAAGGGCUUCUAGUACCGGAUGGUCUCAAUAUGCUUCUUAUGAGAUAUUUGGUAGUUACCAAUUAUAGUGGUGAUUUCCGUGUAAGAACAAUAAACAUCCAAGGCCAAAUUGGACAUUGUGUUUACCAAGUAUCCGAACCCAUUGUGACCAAAAUAGGCGAAGCGAUACAUUGCACUAAAGAAAUUAUCCGAUCCAUCACAUAUCCGGACCAAGACGAACCAGAAAUCAGUGUCAGUUACUAUCUCUUGACCGGACAGCUUCUUCGACACACCUGGAACAAUUCCAACCAUUCCAUUAUCAUGAACCCCAACAGGCCCAUUCCGGAUGUCUCGUUAAAUCAAGAUAAUCUGUGUGCUGCCAUGGAACAGUACCUGAUGGAAUUGGCUGAAUUUCUCCAGGAACACCCUGGAGAUGCCCGACGAUGGUCCACGCUGCUACCCAAACCGAGUGCAGUCGUUCAGGCGGUGCUUUCGGAGCUGCUGCUAGAAGUGACCAAAGCAGCUGCAACGCCCUCGCCUUCAUCAUCAGUGUCAACCUCAGCCUGCAGUGUUGCGUCAUCUGCGGGAGAUACCGUACGAAGAGUGCUCAUCGAGAUUGUGGAACAAAUGUCACUUGGAGAAUAAAUUCAAUGCGCAAAUGUCAAA